CCUGGCGUUCAGGUGGCAAAACUCAACGAAACCAUGGCCCGGCCUCGGCGCCUUUGGGCGCUUUGCGCCCUUUGUGCCUGCGCGCGAGCGCAGGUGCUGGACAGCCCUCAGGGAUUGCAUCUGGAGGCAAACCUUCAGUCUGAUCUGAUGGCAGGUACCGCAAGCGAUGCGGUGCAUUCUCAGCCGUUGCAGACCGCACAAGAUGGUGCUGAUGCUGCCUCCGAAGUGACAGGUGCUGCCAGCACGGUGAGCAGUGCCAGUGCGGCAGGGGAGGAGAACUGGCAGGUGUUGCAAAGCAGUUCCCUGAAGAUUGCCGUCCUGGCAGAUGGAGGACUGGGGCAACCCUUCUACCGGUCACAGCAGACCAAUGGUUGGACCAAGUUGACCUAUGGAUCCAAACACAUGGACUGUGCCAUCAAGGUCGACGGGCAUCUGGCCAAACUUUCAGGCGAACUUGAUGUGGUGAAGACCACAGCUAGCGCCUUUGCAGCGAGAUCUCAGGUUACACUGAACGCUGUGCCACAGGCCCAAGUGCUGCGAAGUUAUAGCUUCCUGGGUGAUGGCAUGGUCUUCAACAUCACCUUCACCUUCACUGCCUUGACUGAUGUCACCGAUCUUCAGGUCUACCUCGGAACCUCAGACGAUUGGAUCGGCACAUCUGAUCAGCCUCGCAAGGAGCAAGGCCACUUCGUGCAGGGCCAAUUUCAGCCGGAGGCACAUGGCAAGGUCCUUCGGGUCCAGUCCAGCGAUGAGGCGGUCUUUGCCUUCUCGCCGAAUCCCGACAGCCACGCCAUCAUCCUGCAGCACUACGGAAAUUUUGCGGAUGUCUAUGCUGCGACGAUGUCCGACAUGUCAAGGUCAAGCUCCGAUGGGGCCUAUGGCAUCUACGUGCCCUGUGGCCACCUGGCGCGAGGGGAGACGAAGUCUGCCACCAUCUUCUAUGCGGCUGCUGGUGCUUCCGAGCUGGACCACCUUCUCGAGGUGAGUGCGAAGGCGAACAGCGCAGGUCAUGCUGUGGCCUUGCCGCCAACCCCUGCAACGCCUGAAGAGGAAACGGCUCAGAG